CCCAGCCUGCUCAAUGACUGUGUACAGAGAGCAAAGUUGUGUCCCAUAUGCAGCCCGUCAUCCCUCAUAGACGUGACGAAAUUCGCAAGACUUCUUGCAAAAUAAGUUACGUCUGAGGUAGAAAAGGUCAGAGGAUGACUCUAUGAUCUAAUUUCGAUCAAUUGGAAUUUUCCGGUAUUGAUUUCAAUCCAGAAGAGCAGCUUGCGCCUGGCUUCCAUAGCAGUCUACAUUAUAUAUAGCUGCGACUAACGAGGGAAGGACAAUAUGAGCUCUUUCCCAUGUAAACUUAGGUCACAUAUCAUCGUUCCUUCAAAGAAGCUGGCCUCGUGUUUGCUGCAGAUGCUCAAUCGCGAGCCCUAUCGCCGCCUUUUCACCGGCGAUAACCCCAACAAUGACGUUCCGGGAAAUGACGAGUCGCAGAACCUUGCCGAUAAUUUCCAGUUCGAUGAUGCAGACAUUAUCAUCCGUGCUGGUGGAGUUGAUUUUCAGGCUCACAAAUUCAUCCUUUCCCAUGUCUCCCCCAUAUUCAAAGAUAUGUUCUCUCUUCCCGGCAAUCAGACGUCGCAGAAGGGUGUGCCUAUCAUUGAACUCGUGGAAAGUGCCCAAGUCAUUCACGACCUCCUCUCCAUGCUCUAUCAUUCCGUCAACGAUCCUGAUUUCAACAACCUUAAUGAUAUACACCGCCUUCUUCUUGCUCUACGCAAGUAUGAUGUGGAGAAAAUAUGCAUGCGAGUCGCGAAGCAGUUGGAGGCAAAGGCAGCCGAGAGCCCUGGUCGCGUUUUCUAUAUCGCCAUGAGCUCAGGUCUAGUGGACGAUGUUGCUCGCACGGCUGCAUGGCACAUGCUAUCACAGAACAUUUUUGAUCUUGCCACCACUCACGUCCCCGAAUACAACCAGUUUCAUGUUGGGACAUUUCAGCAGUUACUUCGAUAUCAUGUCAAAUGUGGAGACGUAGCUAAGGAGCAAUGCAGUAACCUUCGGCCACAGGGACUAGACUGGAUAUGGCUCCAAUGUAGGACAUCUGACUGCAAAGGAUCUUUCAGUGAUCGUUUCCCCGAUACCAGCGAUGACCGCCUUCUGUCUUCGAGAAACCAGCAUCCGAGUGUGAAGCGAUGGUGGUUAGACUACAUCUCUGCCCUCGGUGAAAGGCUGAAAGUCCAGCCUCUCGGCAUUGACUACAGUGACGAGGGCUUUCUGAAGAAAUAUGCUGAUGGUGCAUCGAAGUGCAGCAUUUGUGGACCCCCUGCCAUGUAUCAGCUGACGAAAUUCAAUGAAGGAUUUGAGAAGCAGGUCAGGGCAGCAAUCGAGAAUGUUCCCUUGGAGCUUGAUGAGGAUGACUUUUUGCUUUGAGCUACACCUUACACAUGAACAAUGCCAAUUCGACAGCGACUUCUCGAUUCGAACGUGGGAUGAGAUCUUAUUCCAUUUGAUAUGUGUG